AGUACAGGUUCCUAAAAAAACAGAACUACCAUACAUGCUGAUUGUGGCACUGCUUACAGUAGUGAGACGAUUAGAUAUAAAAAAAAAUGCCCUACUGAAUUCUAAUAAAAUUUGCUAAAAGAAAAAUUAACCUAUAGAGGAAAGAAGUACAGGUGAUAGCACUUGUUGGUGAGAAUCUGAGAAAGGGGAACACUCCUCCAUUGCUGGAGGGAUUGCAAGCUGGUAAAACCACUCUGAAAAUCUUUCUGGAGGUUCCUCAGAAAUUGGAAAUAGAUAUACCUGAAGACCCAGCCAUACCAUUUUUGGGCAUAUACCCAAAAGAUGGUCCACCAUGCCACCAGGGCACAGGCUCCACUGUGUUCAUAGAGGCCUUAUUUGUGACAGCCAGAAGGUAAACAUUCGAAUUAGCAUUGAAGGUUCUAUAAUAAUUAUCAAUACACAUUCUUAUGAUGAACAUUGAACUCCACUUUUUCUAACCAUUCUAUUGCUGAAGAAAUGAACUAAAAUUAUAUUUUAUGUAAAUUGACAAAGAUAAAUGAAUUUGUAAAAGACAAAUGGAAGUUUCAUGUCUCACUUAAACUAAACUACGAUCUCAUAAUGAAGAGACGUGGAUGUGCAGAAAGACAUCCUAAGAGCAACAAUCCCCAAGAAACAAUUCAAGUUCCACAGAGAAGACAGCAUUGUCAAAAAGUAAGAACCUGAGGGACUCAAGUAGACAUCUUCUAGAAAGCAGAGGAAUUCUGGAGCUCAGGGAGGAGAAACAGAACAUCGACAGAGAUCUACUUUGACUCCUUCAGCAGUGGAAAGAGAGAAUAAAGAAAGCCAGGAGGUGGGUGGGGCUACUGCGCUGAAGGCUGGGGAGGGGCUGUGGCACCCUCUCUCCUGCCAGGAGCCCUUUGUGAUGAGGAGGCCACAGCUGUGUGAUAUGGCCUGAGCCCUCCUGACACAUCUCACACUGCAGCCCUGGGCUCAGUGGCCUGAGAGAUGCACUGCCAUUCAGAAGAUGGAGGGUUUUCUCCUUCUGAUGAAUAGUGUUAUGGACUCCUGGAUGAGCCCCAGCACCAUGGACAUAGCGAUGGACAUGAGCUUUGGCAUUGUGUGUGGAAUGGGGCUCUUUUUCAUACUACUCCCAUUCCUGAAGAAGUACCCACUGUCACCACCACCUGAGAGCCAAAGGGACAUCCCACAGGAUGUGAAGAGGAGGCAGAGCAACACCAGGAAGAAGACUGCUGCUGUAACGGACUAUAGAGAUUGCAAAAAGAAUGCACAAGAUACCCAGAAUGCAUCAUCAUCCAUGGAAAGCCUCACCAAGCUUCCUCUUCGGGAUUCCACAGCAAAACCAACGUGGAACUCCACUAAGAAACUGGAUCAGCUUUCCAUCUCUCAGCUGUUGUCUUACCUCAAGGUCUUAGAGGAACUUAUACAGCAGAAAUUUUGCCAGAUUUUCUGCGGCAUAUCCUCUGUGCUCCCUCAGUCAGUGGUGACCACUGCCUGGGUCUCCAGGAAACCUCCCUCUGUAGAAACCAAAACUUCACCCUUCCGUAAUUCAUAUAGCCCUUACCCGGCUCUUCCUCUGGCUCCCGGUCCUCCACAGCUUUCCCAGGACCAGCCAUUGACCCAUCAAUGGGCGACAUCAAGAUUGUUAUGUGUGGCAGAGACCCGGGUAGUGAACAGAUACCCAAGCUCUACAACAAAAAACCCACCUUCAUCAUCCAAAAGUAGGGCCUAUGAACCAACAUGUUCACAGCCUGGGAUGAAGGCACUGACAUCCCUCCAGACUGAAAACCAGGGCCAGCAAAAGGAUCUGAAGUGGAAGCACACGACAGGCUCUAAUGCCUCAAGCCAAGACGCUAUUAGACAGUCCACUGGUAGCUUUCCUUGGGGGACCGUGCUCACUGAAGUAAUCAGGUCAGCUUCCCUCGUUCCUGAGCACUACUGGAUGGUCCAGGAUCAUGAGAAGCAGAAGAAACACCAGGUGAGUAAGGUAGGAGACCAUCAAGGUCCCGGCUUCGAGGAACUGAAGAGCCCUGAAGGACAUUUCUCAGCAAAUAGUCCUCAGCAGUCUAAGAAUGAGCUCGAACCUUCCCAACCUGCCCCACCAUCCACCCCAGACUCCGGGACCUACAAGUCGAGCCACAUGAUGGAGUCAGUGCCCUCUAGGUUGCCCUUAAAGAAGAGGCCAGUUAACAGGCAGGACUCCAUCCAGGAGGGUCUUCUGCCUUGCACUCCAAGCAGCAGCCCUGGGAAUAAGCUAGAAACGGAGAAACCUGCACUGAGGACGGACCAGCUGUCCUAUGUGAACACCGCCCAGGCCCUUUCGUUCCUUGACUCAAAGACUCAAAUGGAGCUAGAAUCCAACAUCCUAGAACACAGAAAAAGAUCAGAUCUGCAUUCAAGAGAUCUCCAGUCUGGGGUUCCACCCUCACACCUUCCCCAGCCUGGGUAUCCUUCAUCAGCCUCCUGUGUUUCUAAGGCUGAACGCUUCCCCAAAGCUGCUGUGGUCCUAGAAAAAUUGCAGCACCAAGAUCCAGGAGGGACAAGGUUGAAAAGAGUAUCAGUUUCCAGGAGGCUGCAGAAUACUCCAUUGGUCCACUCAUCUUCAGAGGUUCAGGAGAACCAAAGAGCUUCUUCACCUGGUGCCAGCUAUGGGCACUCUGAGCCCGAGAGAGCUGCAUUGCAGAGCACCACAAAUACCUGGGCCAAUACUUAUUGCCUCCUGGCAAGAACACAGGACAGGAGGACUAUUUGGGGGACUGGAAGAGGCAGCCUGCAACCAAGAACCAGCUUCAGAAUUGUCAGGCAAGUACCAUGCAAGAGAUCUGAGAAUGUAGCCUCAGGGCACCCCUUCUCGAGAGGCACAAUGGUUGAUCCUGAAGUAAAAGCUCCAUCUUCAGUGGCCAAACAGACCAACAGAAUAGUUGAUGCAAGAAGAGAGACACCCAAUCCAUGGAAAGAAACCCUAGGGCCCAACAAGAUUCCCAGUGGCCAAAACAAAAUCAAUUUCAGAGCCUUUGAAUCUACAAGGGCCAAUAUAAACCCAGGCCAAUAUUUCCAAACUUGUCCACCUCACCCAAGAGGCCCACCUCUAAAACCACAGGUGAUUAGUGAGGUUGACUCCACGUCAGACAAGCAGCCACUGUCACCCACCGCUAGGCUCCAUGUGCACACUGACAUGGUCAUCUACCCUUCACUACCCAGCUACCAGAAUAGAUCCAAAGAUCCCAAGACUUUGGAGGGCCUACGUGAUGUGUUCAUGAGGAAAACUCACGCCCAGGAGACUCAGCAUCUUAGGAUUUCCAAGGAUAAGAUUCUAGGAAGCAAUCACAAAAUGGUUCUUCCCAAUGAAGAAAAGGGGGACUUUGUGACAUCCAGAAGCAAAGGCCAGAAAGAAAGACCUAGGGGAGUGCAGUCCUCUCAAGGCUCUGAUACCUCCACCCAGCCCAAGGUUAUAGUCAUUCCUGAAUGUCACUCUAAUAUGCCAGAAAAUGAACAGGAUAAUAUAAAAAGCUUUCUGACAAAAAUAAAAAACAAUUUACAGUACGUUAACCCUGACACAGAAGACAAAGGGCAGGGAGAUUCUGUGAAGAAUGAAAGCCCCCCACCAUCUACUCUACCGAAUCAGGCAAAAGAGAAGUUCAUCUCUAGUAUGGAGACACAAUCUCUCUUGAAUGCUGUGGUCCAGAUCCUAGUGGACACGCUGGGCCUUAAAAUAAAGGACCCGUCCAAGAUAGAGUGGUGUGAAGUGGAACAACUGUUAUCCCAGCUGGAGGCCUCGUCCCACUCUUCUCAGAGGGCCUGUGACCCAAAGACUAGCCAACCAAAGAGAAUGAGCUGUGACUACACCAAUCCCAUAGGGCACAGCCAUCCAAUCAUGUACAGGGGAACUGGAGGCAAGCAAGAGUUGAGUGUUAAUGCUCAGAGAGCCCAUGAUCAAUAUCAGAAUAGAGGAAUGGGCUUUGACCAACAUUCCACCCUUACAGAGAAGAACCAGUUAUUCAGGUACAGAGAAAUUGGAGACAAGCAGCAGACAAGUCUUGCGGCCCAGACUGCCUGUGACCAAGAUCAAAUUAGAGCACAAACUGGUAAGGAGCCCUGUCUAUACAGCAGCCCCAAGGGGUACAAUCAUUCCAUUAAAUGCAGAGAAAAUGAAGAAAAACAGCAACCAGUUGUUGACCAUAAAGCCUUCAACCCAAGGCAGAGAACAAAGGAAGGAAUGAGGUGUGGUUACCUUACGGGUCCCAAAGAGAACAGUCCAAUCAAGUAUAGGGAAAGUAGAGACCAGAAGCAGUCCGGCAAUGAUGCCCAGGGAGCCUCUGACAGAAAGACUUGCCAAAAUAGGUCAAAGGCAGCCUUUGUCCCCCAGUAAGUCUUUCAGAAGAUGUCCCACCUGCCCAGCCAUUGCUUGCCCCAUAAUUCCUGGUAAUAAACAUUGUUUUUUGUCCCUGCAAAGAAA